UUCUUUCGUUUUAUUUUAUUUCGGGUCAAAUAAGAAUGAUCGUCAUCGAACGAGGGGAUUGCCGAUUUCCCGUCCGAUGGAAAUUUGCACGGGGAUCGAUCGACCGAUCGACUGACGUGGUACGUCGAGAGUGGACGAGAAUCCGGCCACAUCGGCGAUUAGUUUCGCGCGAAUGGCCUGUGGAGGUCGCAGAAUUGUGCGACGAAUUGUAAUAAAAAUUUUUUCUCUGCCGUCUCGUACGAAAAUCGGUGAUAAAAUCUUGACAAGAUGGUCUUGUUUACGAUAAUCGCGAGGGUAGCAGACGGCCUGCCGCUGGCGGCCACCAUGCAGGAUAACGAACAGGAUGGUAAAAAUAUUGUAGAGUAUCAGAACCAAGCAAAGAUGUUGUUUAGAAAACUAGGUCCACAGUCUCCUACAAGAUGCACUCUAGAAACUGGACCUUAUCUUUUCCAUUAUUUAAUUGAAAAUGAAGUAUGUUAUUUGGUAUUAUGCGAAAGAAAUUACAGUACACGUAUAGCAUAUAAUUAUCUGGAAGAUAUUGCGCAAGAAUUUCAUGUUCAAUAUGGUAAACGUGUAAAUACAGUAACUAGGCCUUAUACCUUCAUUGAAUUUGAUACAUAUAUCCAGAAAGCUAAGAAGAUUUUCUCAGACAGUAGAUCACGUAGGAAUUUGAAUACCCUUAACAGCCAAUUACAAGAUGUGCAAAGAAUCAUGGUACAAAAUAUUGAUGAUGUUUUACAAAGGGGUACCGUACUCUCAGAAUUGGAUACAAAGACACAAAAUCUAUCCAUGCUGUCGCAAAAGUAUAAAAAAGACGCGAAACAUCUAAAUAGCAAAUCAAUGUAUGUGAAAGCUGUUGCUGGCCUUGUUGCAUUUUUGGUAUUCCUGUUGUAUUUCUUUAUUCUCUAGUUAAACAAUACAGACAAAAGAUUGUUUUAGAAUAUUUAUCAAAGAUAUUUCAUUUCCAAGGACAGAAAAAUUUUGCUCAUCUCAUCCAUAAUUAUACAAUAUUUAUGACUAAUAUCCGUUUAUACUUAUAAAAAAGAAAAAAGUUAAACUGAAAGUCUCGGAAAUGUAACUGUACCAAUGUAUCUAAAGUAAUUUAUAUCAAAAUUAUGUUUAUAAAAGUAUAAUAGAGUAAAUUAUGUUUAAAGUAUAUAAUUAUAAAAUAUUCAAUUUUUUAACACUGCGCAAUGACAAAAACAAAAUUAAUAAAUUUUGUCAUAAUGUAUAAAUGAAUAGAUAUAUAGAAUUUUUACUACAUCAUAUUUCUGUUCGAGAGUCUCGUUUUAAUAAUCUUAUAAAAAAAAAAAA